AUGCACUCCACUCUGCAAUUACUCGCGCACCGGGCACCGCCCGCGACCCGCAAGGGCCGCUGGCAGCCAUACGCGCACCAUCAAUCGACACCAAACGCACUCUCCGCUCUAGCUCGCUCCCCCUCUCAGUCUAGCUUCAAUACCCCCGCCUCCUCUGUAUCAUCCACCUCAUCGCCGCAUACCACGCCACUCGAGACCACCAAACCCGCCCCCGCACGUUCAGCGUCCGCCCAAUCAUGCGGCGCCAAAUUGACUCAGAAGGAUCCGGCCAGAGCCAAACACGCUCUAAGCCUCAUGGAACAAACUGUCCGGACCCUCUGCGAUAUAUGGCAGCCGCACGACAUCCCCGCCAUCUUUGCCUGUCCCAUGACCGCCCAAACCGCGGCCAACAACAACGAAUCCCCCCUCAUCGCCUCCCUCCCGCCUCACAUCAACUUCGCAAACAAGCAACUGCCCUCCCCCAUUACCCCCAGCACCCUCCCGCUCAGCCCACCCACGGAUCCCGCAUGUCAGGCGCGCGUCAAGCCUGCCGACAGCGAGUCCGACGCCACCGGAAAUCUCGUGCCCAUCCGCGGAUUCGUGACCGAGGUCCUCCGCCGCUCGCGCACGUCUGGCAACGUCCUCCAGACCGCGCUCUGCUACCUCGGCGCAGUGCGCGCGCACGUCGCCGAGCUCGCGCGCAAAGAACGCGACGGCGAGGGCGUCAGGGGCGAGCCGGGGUCGGAUGAGCGCAUCGUCCCCGGGUCGGAGGCCGAGGUCGCUGAGUCCAUCGCCCUCGCGCUCUCCUCCGGCCUGUAUGGCUACACCUCCUGCACCAGCAACACCGGCGCCACCGCCGGCGACCCGCCCAAUAUCCGCGUCGCCGACAGCGCCCCGCCGCCCAUCGCCAUCGAGCAGCACCCGAUGAAGACCGCCGCGCGCACCGCGAGCGCGCCCGCCGACAGCGCCCCGCCGCCCAUCGCCAUCGAGCAGCACCCGAUGAAGACCGCCGCGCGCACCGCGAGCGCGCCCGCCGAGCCGCUCUCGCCCGACCUCCCCUCCCCGCUCCUCUGCCCGCGCCGCACCUUCCUCGCCGCGCUCAUCCUCGCAACCAAGUUCACGCUCGACAAGUGCUACUCGAACCGCGCGUGGGCGAAGAUCUCGGGCCUGCACCCGCGCGAGAUCGGCCGCUGCGAGCGCGCGCUCGGCGACGCGCUGCAGUGGCGCCUCUGGGUCGGGAAGGAGCCCGUGGCGGCGGUCGAGGCGGUGUCCGCGCCCGCGCCGGCCGCGCGCACGCUGGCGCGCUGCCAGAGCGAGACCGCGAUCCUGGCGAGCCAGCCAUUCCUCGUGGCGAGCGAGGCGCCCGCGAACGCGGCGCCGCUCAAGCGCUCAGGCGGCCUGCGCAAGGCGGCUACGCUGCCCGCGCAGGCUUUCGCAGCUGCGAUGCCCGCGUCGGCGCCCCCGCCGCCGGUGCCCUCGACUGCGCCCCUGGGCGACCUGCCGUACUACCACCCUCUCGCCCGCGCACGUGCGCCCUGUGGGGAGAACGUAUGGAUGGAGCAGCCGCAGUUCGCUUGUGCACCGACCGACGUCGCUUCUCUGCCCAACGGCAUCGUUUGUGGCAACGGCGAUAAUGCUUCUAUCGGCCAGUCCCUGGGUGAUCAUGCUGCUUGCACGACCAACAGUACCAGCGGUCCCGCCCCGCCGCCAUUUGGCAGCUUUGUCGACGCGAGCCCGACCCCGUCGACGCCGGCGCUCACGUACUCGCCCUCGAUGUCCACUUCAUCAUACUCGCCGUCCAUGUGCUCGUCGUCGUCGACUGGCGACAGGACUGUCCAGGUACCGAUGAUUGGGGAGUUCGAGGCGGCCGGCUGCGACGCGGUGCACGUUGGCGAUGCGCUCAACGGCAGCAAGGUCUUCGCUGCGGUUGGCAACAAGGCCUUCGAGUCGAUCGAGACCAGCGACGCGGCGAGGAACAGCCGCGGCCCCGCCAGAUACACGAACUCGGCAUCUUCUGCGAGGGCGUGGUCCUCCGGCACGGAGAACCACGACCUCGCCGGCGCUGGCCAAGUAUCCGUGAGCGCAGAUGCUACGCACGAGCACGCUGCCCAAUUCCCAGGCGUCGCCAGCAUGGGGAAUUCCGCCAACAUCGCCGCGCUAUACCAGCACUCCGUUGCCGGGCUACAGGACCUCGCCGCCAUCGGCGGGUUCACUCUGCCCGACGGACCCUUCGCUGUCUCCAAUGGCGCGUUCGCGGUGCCACAUGAUACACUCGCUGUGUCCGACGGCGCGUACGCGGUCUCCGACGCCGGGUUCGGCCACGGCGACAUGGACGUCCACAUGCAGUUCCACGAGUACGCCGCGAUAGAGAAGGAGGCGCCAUCCCUGGGCUUCGUGCCGCGGUCGGGUUUCGACGUGGCCAUGGGCGUCGGCGAAGGAUAG